AUGUCGAUGGUUUUCGCCCUCUCUCGCGCUGUUUCGGUGACGGACGCGCGCAAAGUCGACCGCGCGCGGACGCCCAGGACGACGUUCGAUCGCGUCGCCGCCGCGAGCGCGCUCGCGUUCGCGCUGUCGACGGCGCAACCCGCUUUCGCGGACUCAGGGGACAAGAUUCGCUUGCCGCCGAUCGAUACCGACCCGAACCGGUGCGAGCGCGCGUUCGUCGGGAACACGAUCGGUCAAGCGAACGCGGUGAGCGAUAAGGUGCUGGAUCUCAGAAAGUGUGAAUACAAGAGCGGCGCGGACAUGUCGGGGAAGACGCUGAGCGGCGCGUUGAUGGUGAACACGAACGCCAAGGGCGCGAACAUGCGAGAGACGGUUAUGAGCAAGGUGUACGCGCCGGACGCGGACUUCUCCGGGGUGGAUUUCACGAACGCGGUGAUCGAUCGGGCGACGUUCGAUGGGAGUGACAUGAUCGGGACCAACUUCACGAACGCCGUCAUCACGGGCGUGAGCUUUGAGGGCGCGAACCUCAAGGACGCCACGUUCGAGGACGCUCUCGUGGGCAAGGAGGACGUCAAGAGGCUUUGCCUGAACCCGACUGUACAAGACGAAACGCGCAUGCAGCUCGGCUGCCGAUAG